AGCUCAUUUUGACGAUUGACUAUCAGUGUUUGUGCUUAUGUAUAGUAUAACCAUGCCUUUGAGACCACAGAUCGCAACGACGUGUUAUUUUUGUAUGGUUUUACUAGCGAUCGUACUAAUAUUCACAGUGGAUAAUGGAGCGGCUAAACGUGGGUGUGCAAUGUUCGGCCAUUCCUGUUACGGUGCCCAUGGUAAACGAUCUUUCCAAAUACCCAUGCAACAACCGGCUAGAGAUUGGCCAGCUACAAGACGUGAAGAAGAGACACAGAUCGACGACGCCAUAAAUAAGUAUUUUAAAAUAAAGCCAUCAUCACCACACUUUACUCCAUUUUGGAAAAAAAUGGUGCAGAUGUACAACGAGCGCGAAAACAACCAUCCUAACGACAGCAACAUGAUAAGACAGAACCGACCGACAAAUUGAAACGAUUUUUGUUUUCUUGAUUCGGACACACAUAAUAUUUUCAUUGUCGGCAGACAUAUCGAUUAGACUUAAAAAUCCCUCCACAAAAAAAUUAAAACAAAUUUUCCCUCGUC